CACAUUCGUCUAUCACAAGUUUGCAUAAUCAAUCAGAAAAGAUGUCUUGCUGCUCUGGUAACUGCGGUUGCGGAUCCAGCUGCAAGUGCGGCAGCGGCUGCAAUGGCUGCAGCAUGUACCCGGGGUUGAACUACUCGGAGGCUGCCGGCGCCGCCGAAACCCUUGUGCUCGGCGUUGCUCCUCAGAAGACAUACUCUGAGGGAGGGGAGAUGGCUAUGGGCGAAGGCGACGGAUGCAAGUGCGGAUCUAGCUGCAGCUGCGAUCCAUGCAGCUGCAAGUGAAAUGGAGGUUCAGAGAUGAACACCUUAUUUAUAUAGUUUUUAUUUACCAAAAGGCCCUCAUAGCCUUUUCUAAUAAGUUUGUGUCUUUUCUGAUGGAGUGUGGUUGUUCACGUCUUUUGCUAUUAGCUUGGAUGGAUCUCUGCUUCAUUCACUUGUUAUUGUAACUUUUAUAAACUCAUUAUAUCCAUCAUAUUGUUAUUAUAUUA